AAUGUUCAUACCAGUCGACGUUUUACCAUCGCACCGUUACGUUCGUGUCUCUUUAGGUACGCCAGCGUCUUCGAUAUCUUUUUUUUUAACUUCUGUCUGUCGGUACAAUAACAUGUAAUUAUUGAGAAAAUAAUGAAUUUUCUGAUAAAAUAUUAGAAAGAAAAAAGAUAUGUUUUGAAACAAGAACGGUGGUCCUAAUAACCAAGUCGAAUUAUAAAUUUUUCGUAUCUAACAACUUCAAUAUACACAAACUUGUUGAGUCUGCGACGACAAGUUCCGGAAUUCCUUUCGAAAGUUUUUUUUUCUUACCUGCUUCUUCCACACAAAACACAGUGCAAUAUUUCAACCGUGUAAACUCACGCAAGUUCCAAAAGUUCCAAGCCUUCCUAGCCAACAAGUGUGUCCACGAUAUUUUAAAUUAAAGUUAAAAUUAAAAUCAAAAUCCCUCGAUCUUCCAACAGAACAUAACAAUAACUAGUUGAGACUUCUUCAUCUUUUUAUGGAAAAAAACCUACCUACAUUAAAUUAAAAUAUAUAUUUUUUUAAUUUAUCUCCACAUCGUCUACACGUCCAUCUUGACUCAAGCCAAACACUGUUUAUCUACCCACAUCCUACAUUCACCCGAAUAUAUACGAAUUUAUACUAAAAAAAUAUCAUGUUGAUAUUUAAAUUAACUACAUUACAAUUUUAAAUUAAUCAAAAAAAAAAAAAAAAAGUUAUUUAAUAAUUAAUUUAAGAAUUUUUAAAUUUAAUUUAAAUAUAAAUUUAAAAGAAAAUGCAAGGCCCAGAACAUGUAGUCUCGAUGUAUGUAGCCACAUGUGGCCAAAAUGGACUUGGACUUGGUUCGGAUGAGAAGGAAAUUAUACUCUUGGUAUACGUUGUUAUCGAUGCGGUGUCAAAUCAGAUUGUUGGAGUGAAACAAAUUCUGGUUCGGCCGAUUGGACAAUUCGGGAAAGAUAGAUCAUUGUCGACAAGUUCAGAUACAUCAAAUACCACAAAUGCUGCUACAUUAGCAAUAACAGCAACAACAACAGCAACACCAUCUGCAGCAACAACAACAACUGUAGCUACUCCUACAACUCCAACGAAUGCAAUCACACAAAAUGUCCCGACAUCGUCGCCCUUAUUGGGGGAUGUUCCACAAAAUAUUAAUGGACCACCGACAAGUGCCGAUCUGCCAAUAGCUAUUGCCCAAGCAGCUGGAAAGCCUCUUAGUGAGGCGAUAAAAGAGUUUGACGAUUAUUUACGCUCUCUAUCAAUUGAUCCCGAAUCUGUGUCAAAUUUUAAAUUAAUCACAGAUGGACAAUUUCCAAUACGUCAAUGUUUACAUCCAGAAGCUUGUGCCAAAGAUCUAGAAUUACCCGCUUAUUAUUGUAGAUUUAGUGAUUUACGUAAAGAAUUUGUUACUUUUAAGUCUGGUGAUUUAUCAAAAGCACUUGUUCCAGUGAAAGAUAUUAAAAAAAUACUUCAAACCCCGACGGCAAUAUUACCCCAGAGUAUUGCCGAUAUGGUAAAAGAACUCAAUAUUACAACUUGUGAUGAUACAGAAUUUUAUGUUAAGGAAUCUCGAGAUAUGGUUUCAGUAAUUCAAGCACUCCUGGCAGAAGGUCACAAGUUUGAGAACAAUGAAAUUGUUAACUUAUUACUAGAACCAGGAAUAUGUUCGAUUGAUGACGAAAUCGAUGGUGCCUGCAUAGUUCGAGCUAGAGGAUUACCUUGGCAAAGUAGUGAUCAGGAUAUUGCUAAGUUCUUUCGUGGUCUCAACGUGGCAAAAGGUGGUGUUGCUCUUUGUUUAUCACCAUUGGGACGCCGCAACGGUGAAGCUUUAGUCCGAUUCGUUUCACAAGAACACCGAGACAUGGCGCUUAAAAGGCACAAACAUCAUAUUGGUAAUCGUUACAUUGAAGUGUAUCGUGCCACAGGAGAGGAUUUCCUAUCAAUAGCUGGUGGUGCUUCGAAUGAGGCUCAAGCUUUUCUAUCUAAAGGUCAUCAGGUGAUAAUUCGGAUGCGGGGAUUACCAUAUGAUUGUACAGCAAAACAAAUUCUGGAUUUUUUCACAACUGGCAAUGAACCAUGCCAUGUUUUGGAUGGAACUGAAGGUGUUCUGUUUGUUAAGAAACCCGAUGGUAGAGCUACAGGUGAUGCAUUUGUUUUGUUUGCCUCUGAAGCAGAUUCACCGAAAGCUCUGUCACGACACAGAGAAUCCAUUGGACAGCGAUAUAUUGAAUUGUUCCGAUCGACAACGGCUGAAGUGCAACAAGUGUUGAAUAGGUCGAUGGAUCCAAAGACCUAUGAACCUCCACAGCCACCACUAAUUGCUCAAUUGCCGCCAAUGCAGCUUUCUCUCUUACCUCAACACAUGAUAACAUCAGGAACAACCAAGAGCUGCAUACGGCUGCGGGGCCUUCCUUACGAAGCCAUGGUUGAGCAUAUAUUGCAUUUCCUCGAUGACUAUGCCAAAAACAUUAUGUUCCAAGGCGUGCAUAUGGUCAUCAACGCUCAGGGUCAACCAAGCGGAGAAGCAUUCAUACAAAUGGACUCUGAGGAAGCAGCAAGACAGUGCGCCCAACGCAAGCACAAUCAAUUUAUGGUGUUUGGCAAAAAAUACCGUUACAUCGAAGUUUUCCAAUGCUCCGGCGACGAUAUGAACAUGGUGUUAAGUGGAGGCAUGCAAUCGCCAGUCAAUCAUCAUCAUCCAACGAAACCUUCUCUAUUAUCACCGGGUGGUACAUUGAUUGGUCCACCACCGUUUGGACCAUUUACACACUUUGGACCAGGUCCGACGGCUAUUUUACCACCCCAUCAUCGUGCGCAUCCUGCAUUUUAUAGUCCACCGUUAGUGUUGUGGCCCUAUCCAAGUCCACCGGUAUCGCCGACAACUUACUUUGGUCCAGCACAUCCACCUCCACAUAUGGCAACAAGUCCAAUGUCACCUCAACAUCAGCAUUUGUUUCCAAUGGACUAUGUAGCAGCUCAGAGUAUACCAACUGCUCCUGCAACGUAUCACUCUCAACAAUCACCGGUGCCUGGUCCAGGACCCGGGCCAGCACCCUUGGCAACUUCGCCACCACAAAAUAUUCAAAUAUCUAAUUCCCCAAAACCACAACAAUACCAUCCAAAGGGUAUUCAAAUGCAACACCAGCCUGGAUCAGCUCAAACGCUUACCAUAGACACAACUGCACCUACUCAUCCAUCUCAUCUAAACGAUAGAACACCAACUCGAGUCAUGAAAUCAGCUACAAUUGUAACAACUCCUGCACCUCCAUCUGCAUAUGCUCUAACGCCAAUUGCAUCUCCAAUGAUCCAAGGUGGCACCUCAACAGGAUCUCCAAACGGACCUCCUCCAGUUGCUAACCAAUAUGUGGAACUUUUUAUAUCUUAAGCCAAAUUCAAAAACAAAAAUUAACUAUUAUUUUCUUAAUUAGUUCUAUAAACAAUUAUUCUUAAAUUAAAGAAAACAAAACGUUAGAUAUUAAAUUAAGUCUAAAAUUGUAUACUAAGUGCAUUACCCUCGAAGAAAUUUUGUAACAAACUUUAAAUUUAUUGCUGGCCAAUACAAAUUAUUAAAUAUAUUAUAAAAAAUACAAUAUACCUAAGUAGAAAAUUAUCAAAUUAAUAACAUUUACAAAUAUUUUAUAAAUAUGUAGAAGAUAUUUUCAUUUUUAAUCUAUAGAAAAACAUUUGAAAAGUAUAACUCGAACUCUUGCCUUACCACAAUUUAUUAUUAAAACAAUAAAACAAAAACGAAAAAACAAAAAUAUAAUUUAAGGACCAUAAAUAAAUAAAUUUCCGAUAAAGAUAUUGAUACACGUAUAAAAUAAUUUAAAGUCACAAAAAAAGCUAUAGAAAUCAAAUAUUACAAAUAAUGUUAAUAACAACGAAAUUUAAUUUCAUUUUAUUUAUAAUUUAAUAAAUAAUAUAAUUUAAAUAAUUAUUUAAAGAAUCUCGAAAUCUUAGUUAUCGAAAAUCAAAAAAUUGUAAAAUUAUAUAAAUUUAAAAACAAUCACAAGCUUUGCUAAAAAAUAAUAUGUCUAAAAAAUAAAGUCUAAUAAUAAAUGUGCAAUAGUUUGUUAGCAAUAUUCAAGUCGUCAUUUAAUUUAAUUUAAUUAUAUUAAAAUAUAUAUUGUAUAAAAUUAAAAUAUAAGCCCUAGUCAAUAAAUACAAAAAGAAAGAAAAAAUGUUAAUUUUGUUGCUUAAAAUCUGUUAUUCGUUUUAUAUUUGAUUUAAUGUAUUUUUCCCAAGAGCGAUUUGUUUUAUAUUAAAUAAAAUAUAUUAUUGUAGACAAAUUUAUAAAAAUAAAAACCUACCAGAUCGAUUUUUUUUCAUUCUGUUGUUAUGAAUUUUCACUAAGAAAAUGUUAUUUUAUUGUUUUUUCUUCAUCAAAGUAAUUGAAAAUGAGAUAAAAGAAAACAAAAGCAAGAGCAAAAAUAUUUAAUUUUAAGAUUUAAUUAUUUAUAAACAAAAGGAACACAUGAACGAACAAAUACUUUUUUCAUUUAUAAAUAAAAAGAAAGAAAACCCUUAUGUAAGUAGACUAUUCUAAAAACAAAAACAUUUAUUUAAUGUAAUUCUAUAAUAAAAAUAUACACUAUUCGCUCAAAAUUGUUAAAUAUAUACCAAUACCUAAAAUAAAAUUUAAACAAAUAAAAUUAAUGCUGUAUUAUUUUAUAGUAA